UCAAAGAUCGCGCGAUCCCCUCGUGUCCCUCUCUCCCUCUCUCUCUCCUAGGAGAGCAGGAGACCAUCGCCCACACACACGCACACACACAAAUCGCACUCAGAUACGAGAGUACAGGGAGGGGGGCACACCAAUUAUAGCCGGUCUCGCUUAUCUGGAGAGGAUCACUGAGCUAGCAUGGCUAUCUUCUUCAUCUUCCUCCUCACGGCGGCGUGCAUCCUCGUUUCGGUUGCCGUUCGCAGGCGGAGGAUCGGGAGGGGCGGCGCCGUCGGAGAGGAGCAAGAGCUCAUGCUGCCUCCCGGCUCCAUGGGCUUGCCGUACGUCGGCGAGACCCUCCUGCUCUACCACCAGAACCCCAGCGUCUUCUUUGCAUCCAAGCAGAUGAGAUACGGUGAUAUCUUCAAGACGAACCUGCUGGGGUGCCCGUGCGUGAUGCUGGCGAGCCCGGAGGCGGCGCGGUUCGUGCUGGUGACGCACCAGCAGCUGUUCAAGCCGACGUACCCGCCGAGCAAGGAGCGCAUGAUCGGCCCGUCGGCGCUCUUCUUCCACCAGGGCGAGUACCACCUCCGGCUGCGGCGGCUCGUGCAGGGCUCGCUCGGCCCGGACGCCCUGCGUGCUCUCUUGCCGGACGUCGAGUCCGCCGUCGCCUCCACGCUCGCCGCCUGGGACGGGCACGUCGCCAGCACCUUCCAUGCCAUGAAGACGCUGUCGUUUGAGGUCGGCAUCACCACCAUCUUCGGCAGCCUGCUGGACGGCCGGCACAAGGAAGAGUUGCGGAGGAACUACGCCGUCGUGGAGAAGGGCUACAACUGCUUCCCGAACCGCAUCCCAGGAACCCUCUACUACAGGGCCGUCCAGGCGAGGAAGCGGCUGCGCGAGAUCCUGGGCGAGAUCAUGGCGGACCGGCGCGCGCGGGGCGACCAGCAGGGCAGCGGCGGCGACAUCCUCGGCGGGCUCAUGCGGGCGGCGGCGCUGACCGACGACCAGGUCGCCGACAACGUGAUCGGCGUGCUGUUCGCGGCGCAGGACACCACGGCCAGCGUGCUCACCUGGAUCCUCAAGUACCUGCGCGACCACCCGAAGCUCCUGGACGCCGUCAAGGCUGAGCAAAUGGCGACGUACGAGGCGAACGAGGGCGGGAAGCGGCCGCUGACGUGGGCGCAGACGAGGGGCAUGACGCUGACGCAUGCGGUCAUAAUGGAGAGCCUGAGGAUGGCGAGCAUCAUCUCCUUCACCUUCAGGGAGGCCGUGGCCGACGUGGAGUACAAAGGUUUCCUGAUUCCCAAGGGGUGGAAGGUGAUGCCGCUGUUCAGGAACAUCCAUCACAGCCCGGAGUACUUCCAGGACCCAGACAAGUUCGACCCUUCUAGAUUCAAGGUAUCUCCGCGGCCGAACACGUUCCUGCCAUUUGGGAGCGGCGCGCACGCGUGCCCAGGGAACGAGCUGGCCAAACUCGAGAUGCUCGUCCUCCUCCACCGCCUCGUCACCGCCUACAGGUGGGAGGUGGUCGGCUCGAGCGACGGCGUGGAGUACAGCCCGUUCCCGGUGCCGCGGCGCGGCCUCCGGGCCAAGCUGUGGAAGGCGGAGGGCGACGGCGGCGGCGCCGUCCGGGGCGCCUGACAUGGCCGGCGCCAAGCUUUCGUUUUGCUGCCUCGGAUCGAAUAACGCCAAGGAGGGAAUCGUCCAUGUGGCAUGCAUGCAGCUUGUUCCCGUUUUUCUGUUCUUCUUGUUCUGGGAUAACGAUGGUCGGUGACGGUGCUGGUCGUAAUCAUGUGCGCGGUAGUUAACUGCUCAAUCAUGGAGAUAUGCUAGCAUCGCCCUGCACGCGGUACAGCGGCAGUCAGCUCGAUCGAUCACUCGGACUAAUGUAAAGCUCUCGUUCGGUUUAGUUUAUACUCUAUGUUCAUAAGGUUUUCUCUUUUAGAUUGAAGGCUAGGAAGGAAUGCGUUCGGCUUUAAAUUAACAAAACUAUCAACCAGCGAGAAGUUACAACAAAUACAAUGUGAGGACACCGGGAGA